CAGAUGCGCGUCGAACGCGCCUCGCGCGCCGAGUCCACGGCGGCCUCCGUCUCGUCGCGGCGCUCGAGCGGGCCGUGCACCGACGACAGGCUGGUCACCACCACCACCAACGUGUGCACAAAGUGCAUGCUGCCGAAGAGGCCGCCGAGCACCGGCGCCCACGCGCACACCAAGCAGCCCAGCCAGGCCACCAUCUUGGAAGAGACCAACGAUGUGUUCAGUAAGGGCCUUGCCGCUGCAGGACCAACAGCGACAGCGCCUGUCCGAACAGCCAGCCCCUGCCUUAGCCGACGGACCAGCUCGCGCUCCGACGCCACGGAACCCAGCAGCAGUGACCUCGAGGCCAGAUCAGACCUCGGUGGUCCCUGCACGAACCAGCAUUCCGAGGCAGUCCACGUCCCCGCCGCCCAGGCUGCAGCCGCGGCUCAGUGAGGACCUCAGCGACCUGGGGGUGUACGGCCGGCAGCCGUCCAGGAUCACGACGGCGCCGCCACCCUCCGGCGACCAGCGGCAGCUGGCGUCCCCUGCCCCGAUGCGUGCCAGGUCGUCGACGCGGGGCGACGUCGAGGACGCGUCGGGUGACACACGCGACACCGGUGGUUCUGCGGAGAAGAGCGCGGUCCUCUCGGGCCCCACCGCCCCGGCGUACGCAGUGGUAGA